AGCCAGGGGCAAGGAUGGAGUGAGGUCACUUCUUUGGGCAGCACUGCCAGAAGAGUUCCCUUGGUUUGUUUUCUGCUGGAGGAGGAAGCGGAGUUGACAAGCAUUUUCCAGGCAGACCCAGUGUGGACAGUAAUGACCGCACGUUUCCGAUUGCCUGCUGGCAGAACCUACAAUGUACGAGCAUCUGAGCUGGCACGAGACAGGCAGCAUACAGAGGUGGUCUGCAACAUUCUUCUCCUGGAUAACACUGUACAAGCUUUCCGAGUUAAUAAACAUAAUCAGGGACAAGUUCUGUUGGACGUAGUCUUCAAGCAUCUUGAUUUGACAGAGAGAGAUUACUUUGGUUUACAGUUGGCUGAUGAAUCUACUGAUAACCCUAGGUGGCUGGAUCCAAACAAACCUAUCAGGAAACAAUUAAAAAGAGGAUCUCCUCACAGUUUGAACUUCAGAGUUAAGUUUUUUGUAAGUGAUCCAAACAAGCUCCAAGAAGAGUAUACAAGGUACCAGUAUUUUUUGCAAAUUAAACAGGACAUUCUUACUGGAAGAUUGCCCUGUCCUCAUAAUACCGCUGCUCUUCUGGCUUCCUAUGCUGUUCAAUCCGAGCUGGGAGACUACAACCAUUCAGAAAACUUGCCAGGCUACCUCUCAGACUAUUCUUUCAUCCCUAGCCAGCCUCAAGACUUUGAAAAAGAAAUAGCAAAAUUACAUCAGCAGCACAUAGGGUUGUCUCCUGCGGAAGCAGAGUUUAAUUAUCUCAAUACAGCACGUACCUUAGAACUUUAUGGAGUUGAAUUGCACUAUGCAAGGGAUCAGAGUAACAAUGAAAUAAUGAUUGGAGUGAUGUCAGGUGGAAUACUAAUUUUUAAGAACAGAGUACGAAUCAACACCUUUCAGUGGUUGAAGAUUGUAAAAAUUUCUUUUAAGUGCAAACAGUUUUUUAUUCAACUUAGGAAAGAAUUGCAUGAGUCUAGAGAAACAUUACUGGGAUUCAAUAUGGUGAACUACCGAGCAUGUAAGAAUUUGUGGAAAGCUUGUGUUGAACACCACACGUUCUUCCGUUUGGACAGACCACUUCCCCCUCAGAAGAACUUCUUUGCACAUUAUUUCACUUUGGGUUCCAAGUUCCGGUACUG